AUGGCUGUUGCCGCCGAGGGCACGAGCAGGCGGAGGAUCCUCGACUACCUCAACGACGGCGAGGAGUUCGGGGUCGCGGGGCCGCCCUCCUCCGCUGCCGCCACGCCCAGGCCCAGGUCGCUCAUGCCCAGGUUCCGCUGGGCGCGGCUCGCCAGGCUCGGCGGCAAAGCGCGGCCGCCGAAGCCGGUGCUCGAGGAGGAGAUCGUCGCCGCGGAUGACGAGGGCCAGCUCAGGGACGCCUCGGGCGCCUCUGCCUCAUCAGCACCAUGCGCGGCGCCGCCCGGCGACGGCGAGACGACGAGGCCGUCGGACCUGAGCGUGGGGCUGAGCCUGGUGUUCCUGCUGGCCAAGACGUCCGACGAGUUCAACAAGAUGGCCAGGGUGCGGGCCGAGAUGGAGGCGCUCAUCAGGGACUUCAAAGGCCAGCAGGCCAUGGCGACGACGGCCAACACCGGCGCCGACGACGAACCCCGCAACCCCGAGUCCGCCGCGUCGAGCUGCCUCACGGACGGGAACGAGCCGCAGGCCGCGACCGCGCUCUGCGAGGACCAUCGGCACCAGGUCGCCUCCUCCUCCGGCGCGGAGAUGGAGGCGGCGAGCCGCAGGAGGAUGGACGUGCUGGAGGAGGAGUUCCACGCGGAGCUCCAGCGCGUUCGCGCCGGCUACGGCCCGGACACGCCGCCGUUUUCGACGGGGGAGGAGCGCGACGAGGGCGGAGCAGAGCCGUCGGACGACGACGACGACAUUGCCGACUGCCGACAGGGAUUCGAGAGCGACCUCGGCGACGACGACGAUCAACAUCACCACGUUUACGACGAGGAGGAGGAGGACGACGACGACGACGACGACCCUGAUCGGUACCACGGCGUGUCGGCCGUGGAGCUGGAGAGGAGGCUGCACGAGCUGCUCCACCAGAGGAACCAGGAGCGGAUCGAGGAGCUGGAGGCGGCGCUGCGGCGCGCCGAGAAGCGGCUCUUCGACAAGGAGAUGGAGGCGUCCCUCUGGAAGGACACCGCCAAAAUGGCCUUCCGCCACGACCACCACGACGACCACGACGACGACGACUCGCCGUAA